AUGCCAGGCACAAGACGAGUUUACCGUGCACCAUCCAAACCAAAAGGCGAUGGCUACUUGCCGGUGAUUCCCUCAAAUGGCCCCUUGCGCACGCAGCCCCCUGUGCCGAAUGGGACGGAGGGACACCUCUCUCCCCCGGCUCUUCCCGAGUCCCUUGACUCCCCGCCCCACCGAAGCAGUGGCAAUGGUGGCACCAUGAUCAGAAUGGCCACAAGCGGGAGCCUGGGGGACCCUCACUCAUACCACAGCUUUCGCGAGAUGCGGGAUGUAUCAGGCAGCGAAUGCGAAGCUGGAGAUUUAGCUUCGGAGGAAGGGGAAGUUGGACGGAGACGUGUUCAGCAGGCCCGCAGUGUCGAUCUCAAAGUUGCCUGGCGGAUGCAUGGAAAGCAGCUCCGCCGUCAGUUGGAUGAAGAAACGCAGCCCCUCAUGCGUCUCGUGUACCGCAGCCGAGCCGAUUAUGUGUGGGAGCUGCUCGAUGAUGCGAACUCGAGUGUGGCAGCAUGGUGGAUCUCCACGUUUCUGAAGCUGUUGGUGUUGUCCUCUCUCCUCGUCACAAACUUGCAAACGAGUGACGGCAUCUGCAUGCAUCCGGUGCUUGCUGCUGUUUUGGAAACCAGCUUCGACAGCAUUUUCCUUUUGGAGUUUACCUGCCGGCUGCUGUCAGCACCAUCUAAGAAAGCUUACCUGGCAGAUCUUUUGAACUGGCCUGACAUGCUGUCUGCGACAGGGCUGCCACUGCGGGCGAGCAUUGGGCUGGUGUUUGUAGUCCCGCACACCUGGCAACAGCUUUCCAGCACCUGUACUGUCGGCCGAUCCACCCCGCCUUCCAGUGAGCAAGCAAUCGUUCAAGGCAUUCUGCUCUUCCUUCUUCCUCUCGUACGAUUUUUGAAGCUGCUAAGAUACUUUGACUCGUUCCGGUUACUGAUCGAUGCAUGCAGAAACUCAGCUGAGUCCCUGCCUGUCCUUACGUACUUGAUGGCAGUCAUCACUUUUUUCUCAGCCACAGCCAUCUAUCUGUUAGAGCCAAGAGAGAAUAUCCCCACAAUGCAGCAUUCGCUGUGGCUGGCCAUUGUAACUAUGACCACGGUGGGCUAUGGAGACUUCUAUCCCGUAUCGCUUGGGGGCUAUGUGUCCGUGUCCAUCCUGACAUUUGUCAGCGUUCUUUUCUUGGCCUUGCCAGUUGGCAUAAUUGGCCACGAGUUUACGAUGUGCUGGCAGAAUCGCGACAAGGUUCUUCUUCUGACUCGGAUUCGCAAGGGACUGCGCAAGUGGGGCUACAGUGCAAAAGACCUGAAGAUCCUGUUUCGUUAUGUCGACGCAGAUGAGGACGGUAGCUUGAACAUAGCUGAGUUCAUGGAGCUUGUACGGCAGAUGAGGGUGGGAGUCACGGCAGAUAGUGCUCUGCACAUUUUCCAGCUUUUUGAUGACGAUGCUAGUGGCAGCAUUGACUACGGCGAAUUCCUGCGCCAUGUUUUCCCAGACGAUUAUGUAAAGGAUCAACAGCAGAAGGGAGGCAGCAUCAUCUCGACGAGAGGAAAGGCUGAGCAAGCGCUGCACCACUUGGAGAUGCUUCGUGUGAGAACGUCUGAGGAAGCGCCUUCCAUAGACUCCCUUGCAGAUUGA